UAUACCUUUUUUUCGGGAUAGCUCUGCAUGAUUCGACGAUAAUGUUGCAGGAAGUAGAUAAAUCUAGUCUGGCCCAAAUAUUUCUCACGGGUUUAUGUCAGUCACAUCAAAUGCAACAAGUGUGAUCUUCAAUCAAGUUCGUGGUGACCCAGUGAUUUGUUUGUUAUUAACGAAGUAGAUAUGGAGGACAACGUCACACGACUAGUGAAUGUGGUUAACACAACAUUGGACUUAAAAAAUUCCUCUGUGAAAACCAGCCUUGCUCUUUACGAUUUUCUCAUUCCUGUCAUCGGACUGCUGAUCAUUAUUGCCAAUCUUGCGGUAGCACUCUCCAGCGGUCUUAUCUUAAAAAAUGGUCAGCAGCCUAAGUCUACAUAUUUAUUUUUGGGAAAUGUUGCUCUCACCGACUUAGUGACUGGAAUCGCCGUUGUUUUUGGCCAGGUCUUUCCAAAAAAAUACAGGGAUCACUACGUAUGCUCGGUACAAAUCGGCAUGAUAGUAUCAAGUACCCUUGCAUCAGUUCUCUCCGUUGGUUUAAUCGCCGUUGAUCGAUACUUGUACAUUCUCUAUGGACUAAAGUACCAGUCAUGGGUGUAUCCUCAAAGGGCUAGAUUUUGCAUUGUCCUGACAUGGCUCAUUGGCCUCGUAAUCGGAUUCAUGCCACUAAUGGGUUGGUACGGGUACACAGAUAAUGGCCGAAUUUGUUGGUUCAUAUUGUUGGCGCCGAAAGAGCUCAUUUUGCUUACUGUGCUAGUGGGAGUCAUUCCUUUGAUAGUUGUGAUCGCGUUGUAUUCGAUUAUUUUGUUUCACGCCCUCAAAAAAAUCUUUCAAAUUCAACAAAUCAACACCACUACUAGGCCUAAUCAGGAUGAAGGAUUUAAGGAUCUGAGAAUGUUCCGCGGAAGAACAAACCAAAGCGAGGAGCCAUCGGAUGAGUUGCCGAAAAAAGGAAUUCUUCAGAUCUUCAGAAAGAAGCCGUCGUCUUCAGUAAAAGCACCAAACAAAUGGAAGGCAAUCAAAGUGGUACUGUUUACUACCGGCAGUUUUGUCAUCACAUGGUCGCCAUAUUUUGUAGCCAGUCUUAUGUACGUCUACAAUUGCGAUUUUAACACAGAAACUAAGUACUGCAAGAACAUCAGAGUGUUGAUAGCUAGUCCACUGGCAAUUUUGGGAUUCAUGAACAGUUUGUUGAAUCCGAUAAUUUAUGCCUGGUGGCACAAGGGCUUCAGACAAUUCGUCAAGAAACGGUUUUCUACUUUCAAAAUGAAAGACGCGAACUUGCCAGACUCACACUCGAAUCAAACCAGGUCUACGGCGAGCAGCAGGAAAAACUCUGAAUCUGAACUUCAACCGGAACAAGUCAGUGAAAAUCCCACUUAAUCCCACUAAUGAUACUGCACUUCAUAUAAUGUUAUUCAGUCGCUCUUUCUACAAUAUACUCAAUAUAUUCGAUGCCUCGAAUAAUGUCUAGUCACAAACAUAAUAAUUAUUUAUUUGUAGUGUCUCGCAUAAUUAGCUGUCCGAAUAUAUGUUUAAUAUUUUGAUGAGAUUAUUGAACAUUUUAUUUCUAUACAAAUAAAUGUAAAUAAUCAUAAUAACAAUUGGUUUUGAUCUUUUUAAUAAAAUUUAUAAUUUAUUUUAA